UGGCCUUAGAUCAGAGACUGAGUCACACACGCAGAGAGAGAUAGAGAGAGAGAGAGAGAGUAUUAGGGUUUUGAUCUGAGGAUUUGGGAGAUAGAAAUGAACGUGGAGAGAUCGUCGCUGUGCAAUUGCGUGGUCAACUUUCUGUUGGAGGAGAACUACGUGCUCACAGCAUUUGAGCUUCUUCACGAGCUUCUCGACGAUGGCCACGACGAUCAAGCCAUUCGCCUCAAACAAUAUUUCUCAGAUCCCUCACUCUUCCCCACUGAUCUUAUCUCUCGCCUCAACUCUCUCCGAGUGGCAGAUCCUCAAAGUUUGCUGGAAGAGAAAGAAGCAGCAGAAGAAAAGUUAGCUAUUAGUGACUAUGAACUGCGUUUGGCUCAAGAAGACAUCUUAAAACUCAAGAAUGAAUUGCAGAAGAAGGAAGAAAAUAUUAGUGAACGAAAUGCUGCACGGUUAAGUGGAGAUGUUUCAGGGGAUGAUGUGCAACAAAUUCUACAACAAAAGAAAAACACUUCCUUCACUGAUCUGGGUUCAUUAAAGGAGACUGAACGUCGAGAUCUUAAUUGUGCUGUAAAGGAAUAUUUGCUUAUAGCUGGUUACCGUCUUACUGCAAUGACAUUUUAUGAAGAGGUUACGGAUCAGAACUUGGACGUUUGGCACAACACACCUGCAUCUGUACCAGAUGCCUUGCGUCAUUAUUAUUAUCAGUAUCUUUCAUCGACUUCGGAGGCUGCUGAGGAAAAAAUUUCUCUACUUCGAGACAAUGAAACGUUGCUGAAAGCUAAUGAGAGGCUGAAUGAAGAAAAGGAGAUCUUGUUGAAGAACAGAGAUUUGGCAGAUGCUCAAAUUGGAGCAUUAACUAAAUCCGUGGAUGCAAUGCAGAAAGAACUUAAAGACAAAGAGAACCUGGUGCAAGUUUUAAAGCAAUCCUUGGAGCACCAAAGAAAGGAGUUCAAUGAUUGCAGAGCUGAGAUCACUUCCCUGAAAAUGCAUAUUGAAGGGUCUCGCUCAGGAAAUAAUGUGGUUGUUGGUGAUGUUAAUAAUGUUCAAUCUCAAUCUUUAGAGAAGUAUGAGGAAGAAAUUAAGAAAUUGCAGAUGGAAAUUAAAUUGUUGAAGGAGAAGAAUAUAAGAGCUCCUGAACCUGAGAAUUUUGUUGGAUCUGAAAAUGAAAAUUUGCAGACAGAUGAUAAAACAGAUGACAAAGUGAUUGAGAUUCAUGAAGACCGAGGUGCAAUCUCUAACCCUGUUGCUGUGGCUUUGGGUGUUGUACACAAUGAAGAUGCUCAAUCAUCAGUUAUUCAAACUCUUAAUGAGUAUGCUGAUAAACAUGAAGAUUCGUUGCCUGUGUUAUUUAAUCCGGCAAAUUCAAAUAAUGCUGAUCAAAAUAUCAAAAAUGUCUCUGAACAAAAUGUUGGACAACAAGCAGAGGAUCGCAGAUUACUUGUUAGACCUGACAGUGGAAAUGAUGAAGCAAUAUCCGAGAAGAUGGGAUUAGGAACCAUUCAGAUACUUGCAGACGCUUUGCCUAAAAUUGUUCCUUAUGUCUUGAUCAAUCAUCGUGAGGAGCUCCUUCCUCUAAUAAUGUGUGCAAUUGAGCGCCACCCAGAUAGCAGCACUCGAGAUUCGUUGACCCACACAUUGUUUAAUUUAAUCAAGCGUCCUGAUGAACAACAGAGACGAAUAAUAAUGGAUGCAUGUGUCAGCCUUGCUAAGAAUGUUGGAGAGAUGAGAACCGAAACAGAAUUGCUUCCGCAGUGUUGGGAACAAAUCAGUCACAUGUAUGAGGAGCGUAGACUGCUGGUUGCUCAAUCAUGUGGAGAGCUUGCAGAAUUUGUACGGCCUGAGAUUCGCGAUUCUCUUAUUUUAUCUAUUGUGCAGCAACUAAUAGAAGAUUCUGCUACUGUUGUUCGAGAGGCUGCGGCUUGUAAUCUGGCUAUGCUGCUUCCACUUUUCCCAAACAUGGAUAAAUAUUUCAAGGUGGAGGAGUUGAUGUUCCAAUUGGUAUGUGAUCCGUCAGGAGUGGUGGUGGAAACUACUCUCAAGGAAUUGGUUCCUGCAGUUAUAAAGUGGGGAAACAAAUUAGAUCAUGUUUUGAGAGUUUUACUUUCUCAUAUUUUAAGCUCUGCUCUGCGUUGUCCGCCUCUUUCUGGGGUUGAAGGGUCUAUAGAGUCACAUCUUCGUGUCUUGGGUGAAAGAGAGCGCUGGAAUAUAGAUGUUCUGUUGAGAAUGCUAGUGGAAUUGCUGUCUUUGGUGCACCAGAAAGUAAUUGAGACAUGCCCCUUUUCAUCCACCACAGAAACUACCCAAGGGGUGUUAUCUACUGCAUUGUUUGAAUUGUAUGCUAGGGGACAAGUUGAAUGGGAUGCAUUUGAAUGGAUGCAUGUUGAGUGCUUUCCUAAUUUGAUACAGCUGGCUUGCUUGUUGCCACAGAAAGAAGAUAAUUUACGGAGCCGAAUUUCAAAGUUCCUGUUAUCCGUUUCUGAAAGGUUUGGGGAUUCCUAUGUGACAUGCAUAAUGCUACCAGUAUUUUUACUAGCAGUUGGAGAUGAUGCCAAUUUGACAUUUUUUCCUACUGCCAUCCAUUCAAGAAUUAAAGGUUUGAGUCCAAGGUCUGCUGUUGCUGAUAGGCUUUCUACAAUGUGUGUCCUACCGCUUUUGUUGGCUGGUAUUUUGAGUGCUCCUGGAAAACGUGAACAAUUAGCAGAAUAUUUGAGGAAGCUGCUACUAGAAGACAAUUACACGGAGAAUCCAUCAACCAAGCACACUCCUGAGAUUAUUCAUGCUAUCCGCUUUAUUUGCAUAUACGAAGAAAACCAUGGUAUGAUAUUUAAUAUACUGUGGGAAAUGGUUGUCAGCUCUAAUGUGAACAUGAAAAUAAAUGCCGCCAAGCUGCUGAGAGUUAUUGUGCCAUUUAUUGAUGCAAAGGUUGCUUCAACUCAUGUUUUGCCUGCCCUAGUUACUCUUGGAUCUGAUCAAAACCUGAAUGUAAAAUAUGCCAGCAUAGAUGCGUUUGGUGCUGUGGCUCAACACUUCAAAAAUGAGAUGAUUGUUGACAAGAUACGUGUUCAAAUGGAUGCUUUUCUUGAAGAUGGUUCCCAUGAAGCUACUAUUGCUGUUAUUCGUGCCUUGGUGGUUUCGGUACCACAUACAACAGAAAGACUUAGGGAUUAUCUUUUGUCCAAGAUUUUCCAACUUACGGCUAUGCCAAAUUCAGCAAGUGAUUUGAUGCGUCGACGAGAGAGAGCCAAUGCUUUUUGUGAGGCAAUCCGUGCUCUGGAUGCUACAGAUAUUCCUGCAAAUAGUGUUCGGGACUUCUUCUUGCCUACGAUACAGAACCUCUUGAAAGACUUGGAUGCACUGGAUCCAGCACACAAAGAAGCCCUUGAAAUUAUUAUGAAGGAAAGAUCAGGGGGAACUUUUGAGAGUAUUAGUAAGGUGAUGGGUUCUCAUCUUGGGCUUCCGUCAUCAGUCAGCAGCUUCUUUGGUGAGGGUGGGUUGCUUGGAAAAAAAGAAACCACAGAGCCGUCAUCAGAGGCAGCCGUGUCCCCCAAGGCUGCCACACCAUCACCAGCAGAGGAUACUAGAUUCAGGCGCAUCAUGCUGGGAAAUUUCAGCGAGAUGCUUCGUGGCAAGGCAAAAACCCAAGAGCAAGGUGAGAACCAAUAAAAGAUGCAUUUCUGCAUAGUAAUUUUCUGCUCUUUCUGAUGCAUCAGGUGAAGUUUCCCAUAUAUACAACAAUCUUUGACCUAUCCCACUUGGUGGGAUUGGCCGUUGUUUCACAUGUAUACGAGACAUUUUUUAUUUUAUUUUUUUAAAUCCUCUUACAGUGAUUUUUCUGAGGUAGAAGAUGAAAAUAUAGAUAAAAAAUUUAUUGCAGUUUUGUUCUGUUUUUUUCUGGAUAUGAUCUACUAUGGCUUUUUAGCGGGAACAGGAGAGAUUUGAAUCGAGAGCUCAGUAGAAACAGUUAAUUGUUCAUUUAUUAUUGUUUGCUCUAUAUUUUGUGCUCU